UCUGACAAUGGUUUUUCCAGAGGCUGAGCUCCCUAUAAUAGAUAUUUCUGUUCUUCAAUCAGAGUUAAAAGAAGGUGAUCCUGAUCUUCAGAGGCUGUGCAAUCAAGCAAAAGAAGCUGCCCAACAGUGGGGAGCUUUUCGUGUGGUGAAUCAUGGAGUCAAAAAGGAGCUUCUAAACAUAGUGGAUUCAGUUUCUCGAGGUCUUUUCAGUCUUCCACCCCAAGUAAAAGAAAGAGUCGUUCGUCUUCCAUUUGAUGGGUAUUCGAAGGGCGUUGGUCUUUCAUCUGGCGAGGCCAUAUGUUUCCUAGAAGUACAGGCUUCUGAUUCGAUUCAGCAAUAUGCACAAAAGCUAUGGCCCCAAGGAAAUCCUGAAUUUUGUGAUAGCCUAAGAACAUACAGUUCCAAGUUAGCUGAUCUGACAAAUUCCCUAAUAAAACUUAUCCUUCAAGAUUUGGGUGUGAUGACAAUUCUAUAUAAUGACCAAGUGGCUGGUCUUGAAAUGCGCUCUAAACAAGGUGAAUGGUUCACUGUAAAACCUCUUGCUGGAUCAUUCACUGUCAUCAUAGCCAGCGCUCUAAAGAUAUGGAGCAAUGAUAGAUGUUGGAGUGUGGAGCAUCGUGUAGCAUAUGAGGGGAAGGAGCCUCGUCUUUCUAUCGGUUUCUUCUGGAAUUUUUUGAAGGAAAAAGAGGUGAGUGUACCAGAGGAGCUCAUAGAUGAACACUAUCCACAUCGUUAUAAACCCUUUCUUUUCAAAGACUAUAGAAAUGCUCGAGUCCAAGAAGCUCCUCUUGACAUUUUUAUUUAGAAUUUAGUAAUUUAACAAAAAAAAAUAUAAUUAUUUAUUGUUUUUAAGUAUGAAUGGAAUGUAAAUUUGUUGUUGAUUUCUUGUUGAGCUAUUUAAUAUUUAGUAAUAGGUGUCACGUAGUGGUAUAGUAUUUAUUUUUGAAAUAUUAUAAUGUGAAAAUCCGUUUUAUCUUGCGAUGUUGUAUUUUUCAGAAUGAUAUUAGUGAAUAAACUACUAGCUAUCAAUGAGAAAGUGCUUGCUUAGUGUAGUGCCCUCCCCUAUCCAUCUUAUGUGAUUAAAUCUGUUAGAUAUUAUGGGCUUGAAUGUUUUCUUGAUACUCGUUGCUUCCUGUUUCAUUCUUGAUAAUUGAAAUUCUCUUUAAUAAUAAGAGCUGCAAAGCAGCGAAGUUCCUACCUAAGAAUGCAGGGACUGAGUUUGCAGAAAUUGUGUCUUUAAUGGUAUAGGCCAAUGUAUUGAAGUUAAAGCUGAAAGUAUGUUGAACAGAACUGAGUGGGAAAGAAAAAACUGAAUAAAAAAUGAAAUACAAUUGCACGGGAAGGAUAAAGAUACAAGACGAUUCAAAUGUGCCAAGCUAUUCAUGGGAUGAACAUCCUUAACCUUAAAGACUAAACAAGAGUCUUUGGUAAGAUACACUCUUACAUUGUUUCGUGCUUGUAUAUAUGUAAAUACACUUGCAUGGCAUUAAAGAAACACAGGAAACAAAUGUGUAUAGACAUUUAGACCAGAGCAGAGAAAUGCCAAAGGAAACAAAGGUGUAUGGAUUUGUUGAAAGGCCCUAAAUUUUUUUAGACAAAUGCAAGAGGUAGGUGUAAAGCCAGAGUCGAUUACACCUCUCAUAUCAUUCCAAAAAAACAGGGUAUGGAUAUACUUCAAAACAUAAUGGAAACGGGAUUGUUGUCAAAUGUUGUAGUUGUCAAUGCCCAGGUACAUAUCUAUGCAAAAUGUGGGAGCAUAAAUAGGGUACGUGAACUGUUUGGAAAAAUGCCUCAAAAAAGGUAAUUAAGGUGAUUACUUGGUAAUCUCCCCUCUGUAGUUUCUGCUUAUGCAAACUGGGGGCUUUGGAACAGGAUAUCAAUGUUGCAUAGCUAGGACUUUGAAAAUCCUAGCUGGAUAUACAUCCAUGAAAAUUGCAAAAUUCCAUUCUAGUUUCUACAGAUUGAUCUAAGAUUUUGUUUUUUCUCUGUCUAUGGAAAAUGCAUUGCCUAAGUGACAUGCUAACCUAACAAAACACACACAAAUAUUGCACUUUGGAUGCUUUCCCUUUAAAUAUAGUGGAAAAAAUCUAUAAUGAGCGCUGAAGUUUCUGAAUUCCAACUCCAUUUCCAUCAUUGAGGGAUAAAAGAAUUCAUAUAAGAGUUCAUAAUGGUAGAACUAAAAUUGAUGUCAAGAAUUUAUGAAGCAUUAAGAAUCAAGUUCCGAUAAAUUGGAGUUUUCCUUGCACACCCCUGAAUGGAAUUCUUAACUGACACCUAGAAAACAUCCUUACUCAAUAAAUAAAAUUAGAAACCCUCCAAUAAUGAAUGAAAACUUUACGCCCUCCAAUAAUGAAUGAAAACUUUACGAUAGAAAAAGAAAUCAGUUAAAACAACUAAAUCUGAUACCUGGAUUAUGAUAAUAUUGUUGUUGAGAUAAUCCUCCAAAAAUACUGAAUAAAUAGUUUAUAAGAAGAAAUACUUUUUAGAUAACCAUUAAGCAGCAUAUAACAAAGCACCAUUUGACCAAAAACAAGUUUCAAAUUCCUGAAGUAAAACAUCCAUCAUAAAUUUGCAAAUGCCUUGAUUCUUAAGUUACUUUACCCACAUCCUACAUUUUAUGCCACCUAUCAGGAAUUGAAUGUAUAUGAUAGAACAAGAACACCUUAAGCCAAUGACUAUAAGAGAAUUAUCAAUCUGAGCACAUGGAUUUCCUCUGGAGUCUCCAUAUGUAUCUUCACCUUGAAAAAUAUUUUAGGGUAUUAAAAUACUCACUUCGUAGAGUAAUUUCAAUAGAUACAGAGGUGAGCUAGUGGAAAACCUAUUUGGAUUUUCUUUCUUCUAGCCUUAUUCAUGGUUCUAGCCAUUUGGAAAUCUUUAUUUUGUAAUCUGUAAACAUUUUCUUAAUAUAAUUCUCCUUUUUGUCCAAAAAACAAUUUGCACAACAUUUAAGCUAAAAUCUCUUUCAACUGAAAACAAUUUAGUCAUAUUAGAAGACCUUAGGGUCACCAUGUUUUCCAACACCCGAAUUUUGUAAUAAUUCAAAACAUACUUAACUUUAAAAAAUGGAGUUUCGACCGAAGCUAUUGACACACUUUUUGAUGAAUGUAUUCUUCAAUGAUUCCAGUGGUUCCAGCAAAUACACAUAAAAUCGCUAUUUCAUUGUUGAAGGAAGUAAUGUUUUUAGGUUCCUAAAAACUUAUUCCCAUAUCUGUUGUUCAAAACUUAAUGGCUUAUUUUCCAAUUCUAGAGUUUUUUGUGCAAGAACAUUUGACCAGCGUUUGAGAAAGAUGAAAAUAGUACAAAAUCUUAAUUCUGUUGUUCAAAACUUAAUGGCUUAUUUUCCAGUUCCAGAGUUUUUUGUGCAAGAACAUUUGACCAGAGUUUCAGAAAGAUGAAAAUAGUACAAAAUCUUAAUAGAAAUUAAAUUAAAGUUUGUUUAGUCUUUUAUAUGUAACUAUUUAAUGAGGUCCUGCUUCCACUUGUGUUUAUUUUUUUGGAUAACUGUUUAAUGAGGUCCUGUUUCCACUUGUGUUUAGGUUUUGCUCAUUAUAUAUAAUGCAAUGAAUGUUUGUACACCAGAAAUUUUGGUCUAAAGAUCCCAAACCUGGCGUUAGUUUUUUAAGAUUAACCCCUCCUAUGAAUAACGAUGUUUAUUGUUUAUAAUAAAAUGAAUAUUUCUGCAAAAGAAAAUCUGGUCUGGACAUCCCAAACAAAUUACAAUUUUGCUGCUUGAGAUCAUAAAAUAUACAACAAAAAUGAGAGAAAGCCUAGAGACUUUGGCAGUGGCAACCUUCAAUAUAAGAAAGUUAAAAUUUUCCAAUAAAAGAGGAAGAUAUUUUUGGCACCCAUUGCUGUAAGAUACAUAACAUACUCUGUCAUAGAACCCAUAAGAAACAAAUGAUUAAGUUUCUGAUAAAAAAGAUUUGAUUGCGAUUCAAAUAAUCAGUUACAUAUCUUAAGUCUUAAAUAUUGGGGUUGUGGAACUUUGAUCGAAAGAUUAUUAUCACUUUGAAUUUAUUCUAAUAGUACCUAUUUGAUCAGUUCAUUCUUUUCUCCUAGGAUUGCUAUUACAAAUAUUCACCAACCCUUUAUCCUAAAUCUAUAUAUUUGACAAUUUUUGCUCCGCAUUUUUGCAGCCUCCUGUAGUAUCACCACGGACUCUCUGCGUCAUCAACAUGUGAAUUGCAAUUCCAAAGCUUUGAGUUGUCUACUAUGUGUUCUUCAUUCUAUGGUUUCUUCCUUUUCUGGAGCUAUUUCUUUUACCUUACUGAACAAGUCUGGUAUUUAGUAGGGCAAACCAUUAUAUAUGAGCGAAUAAACUAACGCAAAUGUUUUCCAAUCUUUCUUUGAUACCAAGGCUGAGACAGAAUUGCCUAUCUCUUAUAAGCAUCCUAUAGUGAUUUAUCUUGGCAUCAUUUCAUAUUAACCUAUUUGACUAAAUCUAAGAGUUCAAGGUUCAAAACAUUACCACAAUAAUGUUUGAAUGGAAGACUGUAAGAUAGUUAUGUCAGGACUUAUCUUGGCCUAAACAUCUCAGCUAGGUGCUAGAACAGAAAGAAACAACAUAACUAAUCUUUAGCUUAGCUUAAGAAAGCGUUUAUCUAUUGUCUUCCUACAAUGCUUCACUGGAUUGUAAUCAAUGAUUUGUGGCCAACGUCCUCUUCCCUGUGCUAUAGAUAAGCACCAUAAAACUAUAUAAAAUCUACUAAAUCCUGUAUGUGAAAUUCAGUCCUCCUCCCUCUCAAUUAGGGUCUUUGAAACAUAUAUAGAUCAUUUUCAAAAUUCAACAUCCAAUUCUUUUUAGGGUCCUAGGUUCAGUGCAUGGACUACGAAGGCAUGUCAUCGUGAUGUUUCAAAUGCAACAGAGAAGGGCACAAAGUAGCCAAUUUGCUACUUUUGCAAAAGCUCCCUUACAAUUUGGCGUAGUUUUGAAUAUAUGGAUGAAUUUCUACAUAUGUUGGAGACUCCAUUGCCCUGGAAGAUCUAUAUGAAAAGUGUGGGAAUGUAUGAUCAAGUGCCUAAUCGAAAUGUCAUCUUAUUUAUCACAUUGAUUAAAGGACAUGAACAAAACGGAUUUGUUGGGUGGCUUUGGAAACUUCCAAACAUAUACCAUUGCCAGAUGUUGUAAAUAAAUUUAAAAACUUGUCCUUAUUUUAGCCGAUUCAUCUCCCAGCCUAAAACAACAAGACAUUGAAUACCAAGAAAUUUGCAGAAUAUAGUCGACCUGAAAUUAAGGACCAAGAAGAAAUAGAUUAUAUUUUCCUAAAUGCAUUUUCUUUCCCUUCGGUAUUAGAAAAUAGAAUAUUGACACAAAACAGUUAAACUUAUUAAAUUUAAAAUAACUCACAAACCUUCAAAAAAAUAAAGCAGAAGACUCCUAAAAGACACUAAAUACCGAUGUCAUAAAAAAAGGGUAGACUUUAAAAUUCACACUAUUCUCAAGUGCGCUAGCCGUUUUAAGUGACACUUUCAGUGACAAUAACAAGAGGGCACAAAUCUAGGACCAGAUUUUUUUUUUAAAUUCUUUGAACUGAACAAAAUAAAGUAAAAGAAAAAACACCCGAAGGUCAUAAUGUGCUAAGUGACAGUAUGUGGCUAUAUAUACUGAAAAUGUUUUUUCAGAUGAAACGUGGCAUUUUCAGUAAAGGACCAUAAAUUAAUACUGACAUUGAGAAAAAUGUUGCCAAAGCAGAAGAUCUGGCACACGCUAUUGUUAGAUAAUUUAAAAAUUUAAAAUUGAAGCAUUUUGAGGGACAGUUCUAAAAGAGUAGAAUCUAGUAAGACUUUUCAAUUUAUGCCACAACACUUACACUAAAAUUUCCUUAAAAAGGAGCGUAUGAGAUACUUAAAUCUUCGAAACUGGGGCAGUU